AUGUCGACUCCAACCGUAAACAAGCAAAAAAUUCAGAUCCAUCUCCCUCCGAUACUCAGUAAAAUAGUCUCUGUCUACUGGUCCUAUCGCUCCUUCUUCUCAAAUGGAUUCCUCGCAUGGUUGAUUGCAAGUCUAAUCUGGAGAGUAAGGAGCGUCAUUGUCGCUGGCAAGAAGCAGGGAUCUGUACGUAGACUGUCGCUAAAAGAUCAAUUGAUUAAAGGAUCUAGUGCUGCUGGUGGCGGUGGCGUAUCUGAUUCGAGUAUGAAGAAGAAACCGGCAGUUGGAAGUGAGAAACCAUUGCCAUCUUUACCACCAUCAUCAUCGCAGAAAGUGUCUACAUCAGAAUCUCCAUUGCAGCAAGUAGAUAAUGUAGCUGCUACUACUGGUGGUAAAGGAAAGAAGAAGGGAGAUGGCCCACGUGCGGAUGUCGACGCCGUGUUCUUUGGCCGCAUGGCCCGUCUCAUCCCUAUAUUGAUUCCAGGAGUCCAGUCUAAAGAAUUCUGGCUCUUGAAUGCCUUCUCUGGGUUCUUGAUCCUUCGAACUGUAUUAUCUUUAUACGUCGCUCAACUUGAUGGUGAAAUCGUGUCAGCACUUGUGAGGAGACAAGGCAGAGGAUUUGUUAUUGGGAUUAUUAGCUGGAUGGCUGUUGCUAUACCUGCUACGUAUACGAACUCAAUGUUGACGUGGUUUCAAAACAAGCUGGCGAUUCUGUUUAGGACGAGGAUUACGAAUUUCUUACAUGACAAGUAUCUUGAGAAUAUGACUUUUUAUAAGGUUGGGAAUCUGGACGACAGAAUAAAGAACGCAGAUCAAAUCAUAACGCAAGACGUGGCACAAUUCUCUCAAAAAGUUUCCGAAAUCUACUCAAACCUCGCCAAACCAAUCCUCGAUACCAUCCUAUACAACAUCCAACUAUCAAACAAUGUCGGAUUCGAAUCCGUAUUCGCUUCAUUUAUAAUCGUCAAUUACUCAGCAUAUAUAUUACGAGUCAUGACUCCACCAUUUGGGAAAUAUGCUGCUGAAGAAGCACGAUUGGAGGGGGAGUUUAGAUUUGCACAUAGUCGAUUGAUUGAGAAUGCUGAGGAGAUUGCGUUGUAUGCUGGUCAUGAUGUUGAGAAGAGUAUAUUGGAUCGUGGAUAUGAAGGGUUGAUCAAGCAUAUUAAUCGGAUUAGUCGGACCAGGAUAUGGCAUACAAUGUUGGAGGACUUCCUGAUCAAAUACUUCUGGGGCGCUAUGGGAAUGGUGAUGUGUGCCGUCCCUGUAUUCUUUGAAGUCCCAGGCACAGAAGCCAAAGUUGGAGACUUGGGCAGCCGAACACAAGGAUUUGUAACCAACAGGAGGUUACUCCUAUCAUCAUCAGACGCCGUCGGUCGUAUUAUGUACAGUUAUAAAGAAGUCUCAGAGCUUGCUGGAUACACUGCUCGAGUCUCCGAACUACUUGAUGUUUUCGAAGAUAUCGAACAGGGAGUCUUUCAAAAACGAUUGGUGUCUAAUGCCAAUACAGACCUGUUGCAACAACGUGGUGAAUUUAUUGAAUCUGAUAUCAUUGAAUUCAAGAAUGUGCCUAUUGUUAGUCCGAAUGGGGAUUUAUUGGUUAGUAGUUUGAGUUUCAAUGUGAAGAAGGGCAUGCAUCUACUUAUUGUUGGACCAAAUGGAUCGGGAAAGUCCUCACUCUUUCGAAUCCUUGGAGGCUUAUGGCCGAUGUACGGAGGCAUCGUAGCAAAGCCCGAUCCAAAGAAUAUCUUUUACAUUCCGCAACGGCCAUAUUUAUCACUUGGAACAUUACGAGAUCAAAUAAUCUAUCCUGAUACACUACAAGAAAUGCAAGCAAAAGGUGUCACCGAUGUCCAAUUGCUUGAACUGAUGAAAGUAGUGGAAAUAUCUCAUAUAGUAGAACGUGAAGGAGGGUUUGAUGCUGAAAAAGAUUGGAAGGAUAUCCUAGCUGGUGGUGACAAACAACGUGUUGCUAUAUCUCGAUUGUUUUAUCAUACACCAAGAUAUGCAAUUCUCGACGAAUGCACAUCUUCUGUCUCGAUGGACAUUGAACGAAUCAUGUAUACACAUGCACAAAAGCUUGGCAUUUCACUCUUAACUGUAUCGCAUCGACCAUCGCUCUGGCAAUACCAUAACUGGAUUUUGCAAUAUGAUGGUCAAGGUGGAUAUGUGUUUACGAAACUGGAUGCAAAGAGACGCUUAGCGUUGCAGGAAGAGAAGAAUACUUUAGAGCAGAAAUUGAUUGAGGCUCCUAAACUUCAAAAGAGGUUGGAGGACUUGAAGCAGCUUGUUCAAGAGCACAAUAUCAGAAUGAGCUCUGAUGCCUUAUCAACUCUGGGUAGUAAUCCAUCUCGUCUUCAGCCAUUAAGCAGACCAGUGAAAAGUAGACCACGAUUACCACGAGGAGACUUUGACGAGCCUGGGAAUGGUAAACCAUCUACUCAACCCAAUUUGUAG